AUGUCUCCUAUGUUUGUGGGGAUUGGGACUGGUUGGCGUCCUGCCGUGCGCCACUGGACACGCUCCUCUUUCACCGGGAAACAGCUGAGAGUCUGCAUCCCACCUGAAUCCCCCAACAAGGAGUUGGUCUUGGUUAUCGGGGAUUCACAUCUCAGAUCCUUCGUGGAGAGAGAUGUGGACAUCAGAGCAGAUGGCCCAUACUCCUUUGGGUACAUUUGCUCCCCUGGUGCUACAGCUGACACCCUAGAGACUGACGUAUGCCUUUCCACUGUUGACCAACGCGUGUCAAAAUGUGUGGUGCUGGCUACGGGCAACGACUCUUCCACCAGGGGCCAGACAGUGGAGCGGGCACAGAAGAACUUCCAGAGUCUUCUGUCUACAGUAAAACGUCUUUGCCCAAAGACAUGUGUGGUUGACUUCCCGGCUCGUCAUGUGGUCAGUGUGACCAAGCAGAACCAGUUUCGUCAAGCGUACAAGGCAGCAGCAGAGGCAGAAGGGCUGCAGUAUGUCUUCUGUGUGGACAGCUUUCCUAUGAAGAACUUGCGUCUCUGGGCUAAGGAUGGUAUCCACCUCAGUGUACCUGAAGGCAUGCGAGUCUUGUCAGACUUGAUCUGUAAGGCCAUCAGGGAGCUGUCUGAGAGCACCGUGGAUUCUGCCCACUCAAGUCCGAAGACACCUGCCGCCCCGUGUGUGAAGCCCCUGCCGAAGACCCCAGAUGUGGUUGUGACCUGUCCCACAUCCAGAGCAGUCCGAGUCCCAUCUACCACUCCACAGACGGACUCUGAGGGCUGGGAAUUUGGAAAGAAGAGUCUACAGUCGACUGCCACCACGAGAAAUGUUUCCCUGCGACAGGUCACUGGUCUGUGUGCUAUUCCCGUGUCUGCUGGCCGCUUUGCUGUUUUGUCUGCACCGCAGAAGACUCCUGCAACCUCAAAGAACCCAACUACCCUGGCAACAAAGAAGAUGAAGCAUGCAGCCAGAGUUGGGGAAGCAGCGAGCUCAACAUCAAGCUGGCAACCUCGAGUUGUGCUGAAAAAGCUGGAGACAACUGUGGCAGAGGCGCCAGUCAGACCUGCUAUCAACACAGCACCGACAGAAGAUCAGCAGGUGCAGACUGAUGCUGUGACAGUGACACUACGUCCAUCUACCUGCACAGAGCCUGAAGUGGCCGUGGAAGUGGUGAAGCCUGAUGUGAAGAGACCCAGGAGGACCUCCAGUCCUGUUCACAGAGAAGCAGAUGUGCAGGAGGAGCCUGAUGUGAAGAGACCCAGGAGGACCUCCAGUCCUGUUCAAAGAGAAGCAGAUAUGCAGGUACCAAUGAAAAAGGUCUGCUGUGGAAAGCAAGUCCCUGUCGUCAGACUGCAGUGGCCGUCACCCGAAGAGUGCAAAGCAAAAGUGGCUAAGAAGGAUUCCUGCCAUGAAAAACAAGCAUCUGUUCAACUACAGCCUCUGCAGCAUGAAGACAGCAAAGCUCCUCAGUUUGACAAUAUUGUUGGGUCAUUUCAUCAAGGACACACAAUAUUUCAUCCACAAAGUAGAGGAAAGCAGUGCACGGCCAUUGCUUUGGCUGCAAUUGUUCAACACACACACCUGCGGGAGGUGCAUGAAUGGUCUCAGAAAGAUCUAAACAUGACUUUAUUGGAAGGUGAUCGUCUGUACAUAAGAAAGAAGCAUCUUAUUCCUGGGGAUCAGUCUUAUUUGGGAGCUUUCGAUUUUAAAAAGGAGGAGAAGCUGUUUGGCAAGACGUUUUGUUUGAAAAUGGUCACUGUUAUUGGACGUCUGCUUUCAGCCACCAACCCUGUGGAAAAAGUAUGUUUUGUCACUUUGAAGACAGCUCUGGAAGAACAUCUUGCUACUGACAAUGCUUGUCUCUUCACCAUGUCAGGCAGUACAUGUGCUAUUAUCGCUAAAAAUGGCAUGUAUGCUAUUGUGGACUCCCAUGCACGCAGUAAAUCUGGGAUGGUAGAUGGCAAUGGUUCAAGUGUUGUGGUGUUUUUCACGAGCAUCAGUGAAGUUUAUGACCACAUCAUCCAACUUGCAGCAGGAUUCAUUGAGCCAAAUGUUGAGUUUGAGCUCAAUAGCGUGGCAGUGACUUUGAAAGAGUGUGACUGUGAUGGUGUGACUGUUGAGCCUACUCUGAGCUGUCCUCAUGGUGUGACUGAACUUAAAAGUAACCCCAGUUCCUGUGUUACUGAAAGUACUGCUGCAACUGACACGGCUGGUUUGAAAGCUUGUGAUCCUGGAUUCAAGACAAAGGAAAAUUUACCAGAAGUAGGACACAAAUGUGGCAGAGCACAAAUGAAAUCUCCAUUGCACAAAAAGCGAUCCAGGGUUGACACAGAGUUAAAAAGUGGAUCUCCAAUUGUCAAGAAAGCCAAACUGCAUGAUGCAAAUGACAUUACAAUCGUUGGUUAUGAGGAAAAUGCUUUGCAGUUUAAUCCUCUUUCUGAAAAAGUGUGCAAGGCAAUUUGCAAAAUUCUUCAUGUUGAAUUUGAAAAUUGCAAUGUUAAAGAGUCCUUACGCGCUGGGGAUGCUGGAGUGCCGUGCCAUAAUGAAAAGAUUGUUGCAGAUGGUAACUGUUUCUUCCGUGCCAUUUCUCAAGCCAUAAGUGGGACACAGAAACACCAUAGAAGAAUCAGACUGAACGCAGUGAAGCACAUAGAAAAGAAUCCUGAAAAAUAUCACUGCCUUUUGAAUGAAGAACAUCAGCAUUUGACUGUGGCAGAGUACAUUAAACUGCAAAAGAUGUCUUAUGUAAACACCUGGGCAACACAAGCUGAAAUUCAAGCCACAGCUGAUUGCAUUGGAGUUGAUAUUUACACCUUCUAUCAAGGCAAAUGGUUAAGAUUUCAAAACAGUGGAAAACAACAGUCUGCUGAAGGCAUCUACCUACAGAAUCACGGAGCUCAUUAUGAACAUGUUGUCUGUGUCAAACAAGGUCAACAAAAUGACUGUUAUAAACUGUGUACGUUUGGUGAGGCCCAGGGACACGUCACAAGAUCAGCACAUGCAACAACGAGUGUCUUCAGUUCAAAUCCUCUUGAUGAAAAUACUAUUGACAGAUCACAUCAGAAUAAAAAGAUCAUUUUGUCAAAGUAUUUAAGGAAAAAGAAGGCACAGAAGACCAGAGACUUUCUCAUAGUGAAGUAUCACGAAGAGGACAAAUAUCGACUGAAAGAAAACGGAAGGAGUAUUGGAAAAUAUAAAACUGAUCUGCAACAUAAAGAAUGUGUGAAAGCAUACAGUGUGGAAAAAUACAAAAAUGACCUGGAACAUAAAGAGAAAUUAAAAGCACAGACUGUCAAAAAAUACAAAACUGACCCGGAACAUAAAGAGAAAUUGAAAGCACUGAGUGUGGAAAAAUAUAAAACCGACCUGGAACAUAAAGAGAAGUUGAAAGCAGUGAGUGUGGAAAAAUACAAAACCGACCUGCAACAUAAAGAGAAGUUGAAAGCAUAUAGUUGUGAAAAAUACAAAAGUGAUUUGAUACACCAAAAUAAAGUUAAAGCUGAGAGUGUCCGGAAUUAUAAAGCAAACCCUGAUCUUCGACAAAAAUUAAAAUCAAUAAACAAAGCCAAAUACCACAAAGACAGUAUUUUCAGACGUAAACUCCUGGAUAAAAAACGAUUCAAAAGAACUCAAGAAAAAGUGCUGGCUGAUCAGAUGAACAUUGUAAUGAAUGAAUUUUUAAAGAAAGCCAACGAUGGACCUGAAUUUAUUUGCUGUGUAUGUUUCCGAUCCAUGUUUAAAGCAGCAGUAGUUCCAUACAAACAAAAGAACUACAAAAACAAAGCAGCUCAAGUAACGGCGGAAACAUGUGUCUCAGAUGAGUAUUUGCAUGAAUGUACCUCUGACUGCAAUGCACCAUGUCCAUUACAAGAAUCAAGAGGUGAGCUUUGGAUGUGCAAGGUUUGUCAUUCAAAGAUCCGAAGAGGUGUAACCCCAGCAGAAUGGUGGGGAAACAAUUUACAACUGGAUUCAGUUCCUCUUGAGUUGGCUUGUUUGAAUCAUCUUGAAAAACAUUUGAUUGCUUUAAACAUUCCAUUUAUGAAAGUAUUAGCUUUACCAAAGGGUGGUCAAAAUGGAUGCCACGGACCAAUUUUUUGCAUCCCUUCUUCAGUAAAUCAUACUUGUUCUGUUUUGCCUCGGACAAAUCUAGAAGGUUGUCUGUUACGUGUUAAAUUAAAGCGCAAGCUAUCUUACAAAGGACAUUAUGAAUAUCACUUUGUCGACACAAAUCACCUGAAAGAAGCACUUAAAUAUUUAAAGGAAAACAAUCAAUAUUAUCAAGACAUAGAAAUAAAUGAAGAAUGGGUGAAUGAGUUUGCUAAAGAAGAAGAAAACGAAGUCUUGAACAAUAAUUCAAAACAAACUGAGUCUCCUGAUGAAGAAGAUGAAACUCUACAUGACCGACAGAACCACUGUAUUUAUCAAGAUUCUUGUUCCAUGCCUGUUGAUCUUGGUCAAGAAACUCUUGAUCAGGGUUUUGAAGAUAUAAUUAAUCUGGCACCUGCUGAAGGAAACAAUCCUGUGCGUAUUUUGUCAGAUAAAGAUAAUGAAGCAAAAUCCUUUCCAUAUCUUUUUCCAUCAGGGAACAAUACUUAUCAUACGCCCAGACAGUACUACUUGACAUUGGCACGAUAUUUUAAUAACAGAAUAUUGCACGCUGAUGGAAGGUUUGCAAAGUGCGUUGAAUACAUUUUUUUUGCACAAUACAUGUCAGAAGUUCAGCAAGUCAUUCAGCAAGUGUCAAUAGCAUCACGCAAAGGACACACAAACCCUGCAGGCCAAAAAGACAAUGCUCCAGAAAAAAUUGAGUCUUUGCAGGAUAUCAUUAAGACUGAUGAAGGAUAUCGCUUUCUAAGGCCUAUAAGAGGUACUCCAAGCUUCUGGCAGGGUGCACAAAAAGAUUUACUUGCCAUGGUGCGGAAUCUGGGAAAACCAACUUUCUUUUGCAGUUUUUCGUCUGCAGACUUGCGCUGGGGAGGGCUUUUAAAUUCAAUUUUGAAGCAAGAGGGGAGAACUGAAACUUCUGAGAGUUUGGAGUAUGCAGAAAGGUGUGAACUGUUGCGUAAUCGCCCUGUCACUGCAGCACGCAUGUUUGACUACAGGUGGCAUCUCUUGUUAAAUUACGUGUUACUAUCUUCAUUGAAUCCAAUUGGAAAGAUUAAAGAUUACUUUUAUCGUGUAGAAUUUCAACAACGUGGAUCACCCCAUGUACACGCUUUAUUUUGGAUUGAAGAUGCUCCUGAGAUUGGAAAAAACACAGAUGAAGAAGUGGUGCAAUUCAUCGACAAGUACAUAACAUGUGAAAUACCCACCCUCGAUCAUCAAUUAGCUGAAACUGUUACCUCCGUGCAGCAACAUUCUCAACGCCAUUCGAAAACCUGUAAGAAAAAGAAUACAGCCUGCCGGUUCAAUUUCCCACGCCCUGUAUCUGAACGUACUUUCAUCACCAAAAAACAGAAAAUGCCAAAGUGCCCAAAGUGCCAAGGUGACACUGCAACAAACAGCCAAGAACAAAAUAAAGCCACUGUGGAAUGCAUAUGCUCUCAGAAUGAACAGAACUUUAUGAAAGAAGAGGAUGCAAUGAAAAUACUGACAACUGUUAAAAAAGCACUUCUGGAUAAAGACAAUCCCAUUACGAGUAUCCAGCAACUGUUUGAAAAUGUUGGCAUUACGCAGGAAGUAUGGGAAAAAGCACUUAAAUGUGUUGAAAAACGCAUGCAAAUUGUCCUGCAAAGAGAUGUCAAUGAAAUUUGGAUUAAUCCAUAUAAUCCACUUUUGUUGAAAUGUUGGAAUGCCAACAUGGACAUCCAAUAUGUGGUUGAUGUAUAUGCUUGUAUCGUUUAUAUUAUCAGCUAUAUGUCCAAAUCUGAGAGAGAGAUGGGGCUGUUGUUGAAACAAACACACCAAGAGGCCACAAAACAGGGAAAUUCUGAUGCCAAAGAAGCUAUGAAGAAGAUUGGUCAAGCCUACCUCCACAACCGUGAUGUGUCUGCACAAGAAGCUGUGUACAGAAUCACUCAAAUGCACCUGAAAGAAUGUUCAAGGAAAGUUGUGUUUAUCCCCACAGGUGACACAAUUUUCAAACUCACCAAACCACUAAAUGAACUGAAAAAGUCAGGAAACAAUGACAUUUGGAUGACUGGAUUUGUGGAUCGAUAUAAGAACAGACCACAGAAUGACACUUUUGAUAAUAUGUGCAUAGCCACAUUUGCAUCAGAAUACCGUGUGUUAAGUACAUCAGAAAAGAAAUCCAAAAAUGCGAUCAAGUUACAGAAUUCAUGUGGAUAUAUUUCAAAGCGAUUCAGAACCAAACCUGCUGUUGUGCGCUAUGCACGGUUUUCCCAAACAAAGAAUCCUGAGCUAUAUUACAAGAGCCUGUUACAGCUGUUUUUUCCUUAUCGUCAUGAUAACGACCUCAAACCUUCAUCAUUUCAUUCUUUUGAACAGUUCUACAAAGAAGGCACAGUGCAGCUUGGCAACCAGACCGUUUCAGUGAUGUCAAUUGUGAAUUCAAACAGAUCUCACUAUGACAUUGAAACUGAAGAUUUGGAAGAGAUUAAAAAUAAUCUGGACUCUAAUGAAAUAUUAGAGGAUGCUUGGGCCAUGCUUUGUCCUGAGCAAGAAGCAGAACGUUUGGAAGCCACUGAUGAACUUGCACAGACUAAACUGGAUGACGAAGAACCCUUGACCCAUAUUCCUGAUUUAGGGAUAGCUAACAAAGAAACUGCUCAUUUAGAAAAACAACACAAUGCGAUGACUCGAGCUGAAGGUUUGGAUUUAAUUCGAUCUUUAAAUGACAUCCAGCUGUCUAUAUUUUUCAAAAUACAAAAAUGGUGCAUACAAAAAGUCAAUGGAAAUGAUCCAGAACCUUUACAUGUGUUCAUCACUGGUGGCGCUGGUACAGGGAAAAGUCACUUGAUUCGGGCCAUUCAGUACGAAGCCAAUCGUCUGUUUGCUCCAAUGCGACAUCACCCAGAUAACAUGAGUGUUUUAAUAACAGCACCCACUGGCAUGGCAGCAUACAAUCUAAAUGCAUCUACAAUUCACAGUGCAUUUAGCAUUGGAACAGAUGUGACACUUCCCUACAUACCAUUAGGUGAAGAAAAACUCAAUUCUCUCCGUGCCAAAUAUAUUGACCUGAAGUUAGUAAUCAUUGAUGAAAUAUCAAUGGUUUCUCAUAAACUGCUCACAUAUAUACAUGGACGGCUGAGGCAAAUCAAGCAAAGAGGUGAUGUUUCCCCUUUUGGAAAUGUCAGCCUUAUAGCAGUUGGUGAUUUCUAUCAGUUACCACCAGUUAUGGCAAAAGGCUUGUACACUAACAAUCUACCUGUGAAUUUUUGGUCAAGUUUCAAAAUGGCUGAACUGAAAACAAUUGUCAGACAGAAGGAUACCACAUUUGCAGAAUUACUGAACCGAUUAAGAACACGAUCAAAAGGGACACCCAUGCUUCAUGAAGACAUCCACAUUCUACAAAGUCGUGAAACUGGAGAGCAGUCUUCUGCUCUACAUAUUUUUCCAACAAAUUCACAGGUAAAUGAACAUAACUUUAACCAGCUCCAAGCCACUUGUCCUGACUAUCAAACAAUAGAUGCACAGGACUAUCACUACAACAGGAAAACUGGAAAAAUGGAAAGCAAAGUCACACCUCACAGUAAAGACAACCUCACCAGUCUGCAGAAACAGCUAUUUUUGGGUGUUCCUGCUAGAGUUAUGCUGUGUAAAAACAUUGAUGUGGAAGAUGGAUUAGUCAAUGGAGUCUGCGGAACUGUAACACAUAUUAGUGAAACAGAAAGAAAUGGACUUCCUGAAGCUGUGUAUGUUCAGUUUGAUGACAUCAAUGUUGGUACACAGAGACGAAAGAAGUACCCAUCCACUGCACCUGCUUUAAUAAACUCCACACGGAUACAGCCAGAGGAGGAAAGGGCUAACAGCAAAGGGGGGAAACGUCGUCAGUUUCCUCUUGCACUUUCCUGGGCUGUUACAAUCCACAAAGUACAAGGCCUGACUGUUGACAAUGCUGUGGUGUCGCUAAAGCAAGUGUUUGCCUCAGGACAAUCUUAUGUGGCUUUAAGUCGUGUAAGAAGUCUAGAUGGCCUUAUUAUCCAGGACUUUGAUGAGAAGGCUAUUUAUUGUAAUGAUGAGGUAAAACAUGCCUUGGAAGCUAUGCCACGCUUCUUGGAUGACAAUGUGUCACAAGCCAAACAGUCAGCUGAUGUGUUAACCUUGUUUUUGAUGAAUGUUCAGGGUUUAGUAAAACAUUUACCUGAUUUGGUGUCAUCGACGCUGCAUUUACAGCCUGACUGUAUAGCUGUGACAGAAACAUGGUUAACAUCUCAGUCUGCACUUCAUAGUGUUGACAUAGACGGUUACAGUUUUCACAGCCGUCCACGAAGUCUGGCAUACGAACACAGCAAGCAUCCGGCUCUUACUACACUCAAAAGUCAACAUCAUGGUGGAGUGGGCAUGUAUUGCUCACACAACACAAACUGUCACUUUCCUGAUGUACCCCAAUUUAAUUUGGAGUGCUUAAUUUACAAAAAUGUAAAUCAUCAGGUUUUAGUUGCUGUUGUGUAUCGUCCACCAACAUAUCCCAUGUCUGUGUUCAAGCAGAAUUUGAAAAAUCUGCUAACUUGGCUACAGGCACAAAGUCAGUCCAUUGUGGUUAUGGGAGAUUUCAAUGAUGACAUAUUGAAAUCAUCAUCACUGUGCAAUUUCAUGAGCAGUUAUGGAUAUGUUCAGAAUGUCACAUCUCCAACUACAGAACGAGGCACUUUGAUUGAUCAUGUCUAUGUCAAAUCUCAACAAUAUGAGAUUUCAUCAGAGGUUGUUCCAACAUAUUUCAGUGAUCAUCAGGGCAUAGUCUGCUCUCUUAAGCUGAAGUCUGUGUAG